GUGAGUCGCGUAUUGGUGACGUCAUCACAAUACGCCUGGAAGCGCCUCGCGAUCACGUGUUUUUGUGUUGGCUGGUUUGAAGUUUCCCCGCAUGGCGAAUUCCUUCUCGCAGGAGCUCGAAGACCUCCUCAACCCUCUCCCAAAGUUCACCGAUCCCGAGGAUGACCAUGACGAGGCCACCAAAGCCCGGGUUAUUGACACUUUCGCCGGCGACGACGAUAUUACGGCGGACGCCGAUGACGGCGUCGGCGCCCUGCGGCGGAGUAAUGCCAUCAUGCUUGCCGAAAGCGACGGAAGGUACCUGGGGAAGGCCGUCAGCAGACAGAAGCUCUUUUUAAUGGACACGGAGCAGGACUAUGACGAUGACGACGAUGACGACGAUGACGACGAAGAGGGGAAAGCGUCCAAGCGCAAACUGGACAUGGCCGACUACCCUGAGAUGGCAUCUAAGCGCUUUGCUGCCUUCCAGCCGUUUUGCGACGCCACGCUGCAGAAGUGGCACGACAAAACGCGUCUGAGCUCGGGCAAGGGCGGCGGCGGCAACUUCGGAGCGUUCGAGCGCAACAUUGUGACCCAGGUGGCGCAGAUUCUGAUGGACAGGGAGCGGCUGGUGCGGCGCACGCAGACGAGGCGCUCCGAGUACCGCGUCCUCGGAACCAGCGAGGAGCAGGAGCUCGCCUGCGCCAACGCUGAGAACCAAUCGGAGGAGACGCGCAAGGCGGAUCAUUUGGACUGGCCAGCGGCCCCCGGAGGGAAGCCGGCAAACGACGCGGACGAGGACGUCUUUGACGACGACGACUUUUACCACCAGCUGCUGCGCGAGCUCAUCGAGCGGAAGACGGGCGGCGCCGACGUCAACCGGCAGGUGGCGGCGGGGCGCCAGUGGCUGCAGAUCCAGAAGCUACGCAGCAAGCUCAAGAAGAAGGUGGACACCAAGGCCAGCAAAGGUCGCAAGGUCAGGUUCGACGUGCACGCCAAGCUGCUCAACUUCAUGGCGCCCGUCCUGCACGACCACGACGACCUGGCGCACGAUGCCCGCACCGAACUCUACAGGGGGCUCUUUGGACUCCGCCCACCCGCCGUGUCAUUGGCCACCUGUGAUGUCACCGCCCAGUAACAUUUGCGCCAAGCAAUGGCUCGUUUUCAUGCAACGUUGCCUUGAAACUAUUAAGACCGUACCCUAAUGUGUUGGAAAUGGCCUCCCGAUUGAAUUCAAAUCACAUCACAAUACUUGUGUGUCGGUUGGAUUUCUAUCACGAUUAUAGAUUAUAUUGCAGUUUGCGAUUCGAUAUCACGGCUUUUGGUAUUUUUCCUCAGACAAUGGGAACCCCGUACGUCACGCGACCGUGACGUCGGGGUCUCCUCCGCUACGGGUGGCCCACCAGCUCAAAAAAGGGAGGGGCUGUCAGUCAGGUCCAGUUCCUCUCAUCACCUACGCAGUUUCACUGCAUUUUUCUUCACCAUACAUUUCAAGGAUGAAAGGUAAAGACCUAGUUGUUGGUGAAAUACAUAAUGGAAAUGCAGUCUGGAUUUGACGUACCGAUUUUUAGGUGGAACAAAGAAAAAUGCCGAGAAUGA